AUGAAGCUCUCAAGUCUCCUGCAGGCGGCGACGCUGCUGUCCGCGCUCGCAGCGAUCCCCACCACCAACGCCACCGCCGACGAGGCCGUAGACGCGCAGUGGCUCUGGGAGAACGAGGCCGAGGCGUUCGUGCGCACGACGCGCAACCACGCCAACUUCUUCGAGAACUUCCGGCCGAACGACGCCAACCAGACGUGCUCGAGCGACAAGCACGCCACGCCCUUCAACCGGCAGGUGCGCGGCGCCAACCUCGGCGGCUGGCUCGUGCUGGAGCCGUGGAUCACGCCGUCGCUCUUCUACCAGUUCCUCAGCACGCAGCAGCGCUACGGCGACCAGGCGCCCGAGAAGACGGCCAUGGACACGUACACGUUCUGCACGGCUCUGGGCGCCGAGGAGGCCAACCGCCAGCUGCGCAUCCACUGGGCCACGUGGGUCACCGAGGCCGACAUCAAGGAGCUGGCCGAGGCCGGCGUCAACUCGCUGCGCGUGCCCGUGGGCGACUGGAUGUUCAACCCGUACGAGCCGUACAUCGGCUGCACGGACGGCGCCGUCAAGGAGCUGGACCGCGUGGCCGACCUGGCCGCCCAGUACAACAUCGAGCUGCUGCUGGACAUCCACGGGCUCAUCGGCUCGCAGAACGGGUUCGACAACAGCGGCAUGUCCGCAGGCGUCAAGUGGACGUCCAUCGGCAGCACGCAGCCCAUCGGCACCACGACGUUCGAGCACUGGCCGCUGCGCUCCGCCGGCUGGGCGGGCGAGUUCCACCUCAACAACAACUCGUACAGCUCCAUCAACUACGAGCACCUGAACCACUCGCUGCACACGGUGGCGGCGCUUGUGGACCGCUACGCCGAGCACCCGGCCAUCAUCGGCCUGGAGCCCGUGAACGAGCCCUGGGAGCUCACGCCCAUCGACCUGCUCAAGGACUACUACUGGCGCUCGUACAAGCGCGUCAAGGCCCGCGCCCCGCACUGGAAGUUCGUGCUGCACGACUCGUUCCGCUUCGGCGUGCAGUACUGGUCCGAGUUCAUGCGCGGCUGCCCGGACAUCGCGCUCGACACGCACAUCUACCAGGCGUGGAACAACCCGGGCACGAAGGCCGACUUCUUCGCCAACGCCUGCCAGCAGAAGUACACGAUCGCCGACAUGGAGAACGCCAUGAUGCCCGUGAUCGUGGGCGAGUGGUCGCUCGGCACCGACAACUGCGCCAUGUGGCUCAAUGGCUUCAACGACAACCUGCCGGGCUUCCCCAAGGUGCAGUGCCGCAUGACGCCGUGCCCCGUGCACAGCACGUACCUCGGUCUGGGCUUCCCUGGCACGCCGCUGGACGUCACCAAGCCAAUCCAGGGCCCCUACGGCACCGGCCAGUCUGGCCCGUCGUUCGGCAAGUGCCCCAUCACGAGCAACACGACCUUCGGCCAGCAGAACGAAGCGGACGAGCGCGAGUUCGCUCGUAACCUGAACCUCAAGAAGCUCAACGCCUUCGCGGUGGGCCACGGCUGGUACUUCUGGAACUUCAAGACGGAGUUCGGCUCGCGCUGGAACUUCCUCGACCUCGUGCGCAAGGGCGCCUUCCCCAAGAACGUGUCGAGCUACCACCGCGACGAGGAGGUGUUCACGGCCUGUUUGGCAGAAGACAAGGGCUCCUUCAGGUGCGCGGCGAAGCGCGGCGUGAAGCCCGCCGACCUCAUCAGCGGCCUUGAGUUCGCAUGCGGCAACCCGGACAAGAAGGUCGACUGCACGGACCUCGAGAACCGCUUCGACACGCUCGAGGAGCGCUGCGACUGGGCCUUCAACAAGUACUGGCACACGCACCGCGAGGAGGGAGCCACGUGCGAUUUCGGCGGUGCCGCGCACCUGCUCGCAGGCCCCAGUCCGUCGAGUGUGGAGCGCCAAAAGGCUCUCGUCACUCCGGUUGGCAACCAGAUCCUGCUUUGGUGCCUUGGCGUCGCUGGAGCAUUUGCCGGUGCCUUCGUGCUCGCUACGCUGUACGCGCGCUACCAGAGACAAGGAGACUACGCGCCGAUUGAGAACAAUGCCAAUGUGAAUGCCUAG